AUGGCGCCCUCUGCUCUGCUCCGCGCCGCCGCCGCCGCCCUCCGCCGCCGCGCCCGCAUCGCCGCCCCGCUCCAGUCCAUCUCGCCGCUCACCCACACCCCUACGCCUCCUCCCUUUCCCUUUCCCGAUCCCACCCCUAUCCCCGCUGCCCGGCGGCACCUCAUCACCCUAACCCGCCGGCCAUGCCCGAACCCUCCCUCGGCGGCGGCAUCCUCCUACUACGUCGACAGGAUCUUGCUUCCCAGCACAUUCUCGCGCCCUUUCUCCACCGAAGAGGGGAAGGAGGACGGCGUCCCGGCGGCGGCGUCGUGGGUGGAGAGGCGCCUCCCAGAGGCGGCGCGCCCGUACGCGAUGCUUGCCCGCCUCGACAAGCCCAUCGGUACCUGGCUCCUCGCCUGGCCCUGCAUGUGGUCAAUCGCAAUAGCGGCAAUGCCGGGGGAGCUCCCUGACUUGCAAAUGUUGGGAUUGUUCGGGUGUGGAGCUAUCCUUCUCAGGGGUGCUGGUUGCACAGUGAAUGAUCUUCUCGACCGCGACAUUGAUAACAAGGUUGAGCGCACCAAAAGCAGGCCUUUUGCUUCAGGUGCUCUAACCCCUACCCAAGGAGUGUGCUUCCUUGGAUCACAGCUACUGCUGGGAUUGGGCAUUCUUCUCCAGCUGAACAACUUUAGCCGUGUUCUUGGGGCAUCUUCUCUUCUUUUGGUGUUUACUUAUCCCCUGAUGAAGAGGUUCACAUUUUGGCCUCAGGCGUUUCUUGGCUUGACCUUCAACUGGGGAGCUUUGUUAGGAUGGGCUGCUAUCAAAGGAAGCCUAGACCCUGCAGUCAUCGUUCCACUGUAUACUGCCGGUAUAUGCUGGACGUUGGUGUACGAUACCAUAUAUGCACAUCAGGACAAAGAAGAUGACCUGAAAGUAGGUGUUAAGUCCACAGCAUUAAGGUUUGGAGAUUUGACCAAGCAAUGGAUCAGUGCCUUUGGUGCUGCAUCGAUUGGCAGCUUGGCGCUCAGUGGCUACAACGCUGAGCUUGCAUGGCCCUACUACCCUCUUCUGACAGCCGCAGCUGCACAGCUGGCAUGGCAGAUUUCAACAGUCGACUUGUCUGACCGCGCAGACUGCAACAGAAAAUUUGUGUCAAACAAGUGGUUUGGAGCUCUUGUAUUCUGGGGGAUUGUUUUUGGGCGACUUACAUCAUGA